AUGGACUACUUCCUGCGGGCCUGGGGCAUCUCAGGGCCCACCCAGUCGCCCAAGCCUUACUACCUGACCGACCGGGUGCUGGCAUGCGUCUAUGAGGAGGACCGGGAGUCGUGGAACAAGUCGUACCGCCAGACAUUCCUGUCAGACAGCUACAAGGUGUACCUGCAGCAGGCGGCGCAGGAGCUGCGGGCCAUGCGCAACGGCCCAGGCGGCGUGCAGCUGUUCAACCUCUCGCCCGCCUGGCGCAAUGUGGAGGCGUACGCCCUGUUUGACAACAGCGUGUUUGAGCUGCCCAUGGAGAUCUGGGAGAAGCCGUCGGGGCUGGCGCUGUGCCCGCUGCACAUCCUGUUCAUGAUCUGCUCCCAAAUCCACUCCUGGCUAUCGCUCUCCCCAGACAACAUCGUGGUGCUGCACGCCCGCACCUGCACCGGUACCGAGCGCCAGCUCAUCCACUUGGUAGCCGCCUGCCACCUCAUCUUCUCUGUCGGCUGCGACAACGUGCACCUGGCGCUCGACAUGCUGCCCGCGCUGCGCCCCGCCGGCGGCGGCGGCACGCCCAAGGCCGGCGCCGGCGCAGCCUGGGCGCUGACCGCCAACGACAGCACCAGCAGCCUGUCCUCGCUGGCGGGCGGCGGCGGAAAUGGGGGUGGCCGCGGUCGCCCGGGGGCUGCCAGCAGAUCGCAGCGCCUGCUGCCGGGCCAGCUGCGGUACGGCGACUACUUCUGCACGCUGCUACAUCGCGAGCAGCAGCUGCCCGCCACCUACGGCCAGCCGCUGCUGCUGCGCCGCAUCGUGUGCAGCCGGCUGGGCUGCUUCGCCGACGGUGGCUUUGCGCCAGAGUCCCCCAUGCGCAACCGAGGCGCGCCGCAGCAGCGCACCGCAGUGCGCACGGCGCGCACGCUGCUGGUGGUGUUCCAGCGCGGUCGCCAGCUGUGGAGCCAGGGCGCCAGCCUGGCUGCGCUGGGGGAGGAGGACGACACCGUGGCCUUUGAGGUCAACCUGCCCAUCAAGGGCGACGUCACGGUGGCCAUCUGGUUCACAGACCACUUCUCCGAGGCGAGGCAUGGUACCGCCGGUGGUACCGCGUGGGACCCCCCGGCCCUGUCUUACGCCUUCCACACCUCCUUUGUUGACUGCGCCGCCGGAGGAGUGCUGAGGGCCACGGCCCGCAAGCUGGAUGUGCCGGGGAGCAGCCCUGCGGCCUCGCAGUAUGCUGAGAGGGAGGGCUUCUUUAUGGACAUGAUGCUGAGCGGCGACCUGCCGCCCGGGACCACCGUGGACGAGGACCACACCACCGACGUCGAGCGGCUGCGUGGCAGCUGGGCAGACCUGAUUGAGCAGACGGAUGGCUGGCUGGACUUCAAGGCGGUGCCUGAGGGAGCGUCAAUGCAGGACGUCAUAGCACAGGUCAGAGCAGUGCAGGGCGCCCGCCUGAGGCCGUCUCAGAUCCCGCGCAGCCUGCACUCCCGCCAGGGCUCUUUUGCCUCCAGCCAGGUCCCCAGCACAGCCGUCUCCUCAGCCGCCUCCUCGCCCCACGCCGCACACCGGCCGCCGCCCAUCUUCGGGCUGCCGCUGCGGCUGGAGGGAGGCGCGUCGGAGGAGGAGGCCGAGGCGGGCGGCAGCUCCAGCGCUGAGCACAGCACCGCGCCGUUCGAGGCGGGGGCAGCAGAGGCGGCUGAGGCCUGCGAAGGCGGGGGGUCGCGGUAUGCCACGCCGCAGCGGCCGGCAGCAGGCGCAGAGGCGGCAGGAGCAGAGGAAGGCGCGGCAGGCGGCGAGCGGGCGCCGGCGGCGGGGAUGCAGGUGCGGCGCGGCGACUCCGUCAAAGCCGCCAUUGCGCUGGUGCACAUUGCGGCGCAGAGCGGCAGCGCCGCCAGGGGCGGCAGCGGCCGCCUGGAAAUAGACACCUCUCAGCUGGAGGAGAUCCCUACAGAGCAGGUGCUGCCAGGCACGCAGCAGCGGCCAGCGCCGGCGCCGGCGCCGGCUUCUACGGCGGCGGCAGGCGCCGUGCAGGAGGCGGCGCAGGCGCUAGAGACGGGCCAGUGGACGCCUGCUGCGGCAGCGCCGGGCAUGGCUGGCGGCGCCGGGCUGCCGCCCGGGCGCCCACCGCCCUCGCCCGCCUCCCCACCGGUGUUGCGCAAGGCUGCGCCGCCGCCGCCGCCGCCGCCGCUGCCGCCGCUUUCCCCAGGCACGCGGCGCCUGGCAGGCAACCAAGUGCCCGCUGCGGCUGCAGACCAGCAGCAGCAGGAGGAACAGGGCGGGAGCAGUGCAGCGUUGGCAGGGUGCAAGGCGGGGCCCGCGGCGCCGCCACCGCCGCCACCGCAGCCGCCGCUGCCUGCCGGUGCCAGCCCUCGCCGGCCCACGGGAGCCUCGCCGCCACCUCCGCCGCCACCGAUGCCGGGGCGAGGCUCGCUGGGAGCGGCGGUAGGGCCCAGGCCGCCGCCGCCGCCACCGCCGCUGCCAGGUGGCGGCAGCCCGGGCAGCGGCGCGCCCUCGCCGCCGCCACCGCCGCUGCCAGGCGCCGGCCCCGGCAGAACAGGCUCCUCGCCGCCGCCGCCGCCGCCGCUGCCACCUGGCGUGAGCCCCGGCAGGGGCCCGCCGCCGCCGCCACCACCGCCUGGAAGGCUGCCGGGCGGCAAGGGCCCUCCGCCGCCGCCGCCGCCGCCUGGGGGAGCCAGAACGCCGCUUGGGAAGGGCCUGCCGCCGCCGCUGCCCGGAGGGCAGCGGGCGCCAGGCACGCCUGCCACGCCCAUGCGGCGCCCGGCUGACGGCCCCAAGCUGCGCGCUUUCUACUGGAGCAAGGCAGCCGCACACCCAGGCACGCUGUGGUCAGAACUUGCGCCUGUGGGCGACCUGCCCCAGCCCUACAGCUCCACGCUCACCCGCCUGUUUGAGCUGCGCGACAGCCGCCCCGCCACCCCCGCCAGCGCGGCGCGGAGGGAGCGCGGCGCGCACGGGGGAGCGGUGGUGAAGGUCAUCCCGCUGCCCCGGGCCAACAACAUCUCUAUCAUGCUGACACAGUUUGGCGCCUUCAAGGGGCCGGAGGAGAUCAAGGCCGCAGUGCUGAGCGGCAGCGAGCAGCUGGGACUGGAACACCUGUCGCUGCUGCUGCAGAUUGCUCCCACAACUGACGAGGCCAAGGCACUACGCAUGUACCGCGGUCCCGCCGCUGAGCUGUCGCCGCCCGAGCAGUUCCUGCUGGUCAUGGCGGGCGUGCCGCGCCUCGUUCAGGCCCUCAUCUUCCGCAGGCAGUUUGAGGGGCUGUGCAGCGAGGCGACGGCGGGCAUGGAGACGCUGCGCAGGGCGUGCCAGCAGAUCCGCGGCAGCGGCCGCCUGCGCCGCGUGCUGGCGCUGGUGCUGGCCGCCGGCAACCAGCUGAACGCGGGGACGGCGCGCGGCGGGGCAGGCGGCAUCAAGCUCGACUCCCUGCUUAAACUGAGUGACGUCAAGGUGACGGCUGUCCCCGCCGGUGGUGGAGGUGGCGGCGGCGGCUCCGCGACCCCACGCAAGCAUCCCCCCGACGAGCAGCAGCCGCCUGCGGGCGGUGCGGCGAGCGGCGCGGCCUCCUCGGGCGCCAGCCCUGCGCAGCAGCCCCCCGCGGCCAACGGCGCGGCGGACCCGCCUACGCAGCAGCAGCCGCUGCCGCCCGUGAAGACCCUCCUGGAGUUUGUGGCUUGGGCGGCGCUGGAGCGGGAGGCGGCGCCUGCUGCCGACGGCGGCGGCGGCGUGGAUGGGGAGCAGCUGGCGCGGGACGUGCGGGGCGGCUUCCUGGCGCAGCAGCUGCCGGAGCUGGGGCUGGCGGUGCGGCGCAUGCAGACGGACGUGGCCGACUCGCUGCGCAGCCUGGAUGCCGGCAUGCGCAAUCUUCAGGAGGAGCAGGAUGCAGAGCUGGAGCAGCAGCAGCAGCAGCAGCAGCAGCAGGGCCUCCAAGCCUCCUCGGCUGCCGCCGGCAACGACGGCAGCGGGCUGGGAGGCGCCGCCGCGGGCAGGCAGGCUGCGUUCAGAAACGAGCUGGAGGCGGCGGCGGCACGGAGAGGCGGCGGCGGUGGCGGCGGCGGCGAUGCGCAGGAGCAGCAGCAGCAGCAGGAUGGCGGGGGUGGUGGCGGCGGCGAGGGGGAGGCUGCCCGCCAGGCGCUGCCUCCGUUUGCGACCAUGCUGAGCAGCUUCCUGGCAGGUGCCAAGCGGCGGCAGGAGGAGCUGGGGGCCCUGUCACAGCAGACGUCGGCGGUGGUGCAGGCCACGGUGGCAUGGCUGGGGGAGAGCGGCGGGGAGCAGGAGGCGGCGGUGUUUGAGCUGCUGCUCAACUUCCAGGCCGCCUUGGACCACUGCUGCAAGAAGGUGCACCGACAGAUGGCGGCGGCAGCCGCCGCCGGCCCGGGCACAGGCCCGGGCGACGGCUACGUGCUUGGCAGGCGGUAG